GGAUAAAUAAAAUUAAACUAUAUAAAAAAUUAUAAUCAAAUCAAUAUUGAAUUGGCCUAUUAAAACCGCCAGUUAUUAAUAAUUAUUGAGACAUAGCAGGAACCUAGCUCUAAACCUAGAUAUAUCCUUGAUUAAUUGUUAUACUAUAAUACAGCCACUGCUGCCAUGUUCUAAAAUAUCAUUUUAUUCAUUCUGAGUAUUUGAAAACGCCAAAAAAAAAUAUGGCCUCUAUCAUGCCUCUUUGAAUGGCGUUUGCAGAGAAGAAAAUUACGUAGUAUUGAGCGAACUAUGAUUCAUUUAAUGCGCUCAGACUUCAUUCCGCCGGUUAAACAGCAGUGCAGAGUGAGGCGGAUGACCGGACCAAGAUGGCGGCCGAUGCGGGGUCUAUCUUUUAUUAUGUCUAUGGGCCAUAUUACCAGCUGAGGUGCGCAAUGCAUUGUGGGGCAGAAGCAGUACGUGAAGCAAGCUCCGUUGCACACUCAGAAAUCGAAGCUGAUUGAGUAUAUAUCCGGGCAUUUCUCGCAUACACAAAAUUCACAUACUGUACAGUGUGAACGCACUGCCUACUCAAUUCAGAGGCGGGGUUAGUAGGAGUAGUAGGAGUAGUAGGAGUAGUAGGCCAUUUCGGACACAGCCACAGUCAGUCGUCGUCGACAGUGAGUGUUGAAAUGGCGCAGAAAGGAGUUCAUCUGGACCGUGAGUCUUUCUCUUGUUCCAUCUGUUUGGAUCUUCUGAAGGAUCCGGUGACUGUUUCCUGUGGACACAGCUUCUGCAUGAGCUGUAUUCAAUCCUACUGGGAUACUGAGGAUGAGAAGAAGAUCUACAGCUGUCCUCAGUGCAGAGAGACCUUCAGACCGAGGCCUGUCCUGAAGAAAAACACCAUGUUAGCAGGUUUAGUGGAGGAAGUGAAGAAGAGCGGACUCCAAGCUGCUCCUGAUGGUUCCUCUGAGGCUGGACCUGAAGAUGUGGUCUGUGAUUUCUGCAGUGGGAGAAAACUGAAAGCUGUCAAGUCCUGUCUUCUGGAGGAGAGUCGAGAAAACAUCCAGCAGAGAAUCCAGGACAGAGAAGAAGAUGUGAAGCUGCUCCAACAGGAGGUGGAGGCUAUCAACGGCUCUGCUGAUAAAGCUGUGGACCACAGCCAGGAGAUCUUCAGCCAGCUGAUCCGUCUGAUGGAGAAACGCCGCUCUGAGGUGGAGCAGCAGGUCAGAUCCCAGCAGGAACGUGAAGUGAGUCGAGUCAAAGAGCUUCAGGAGAAACUGGAGCAGGAGAUCACUGAGCUGAAGAGGAAAGACGCUGAUCUGCUGAAGCUCUCACUCACAGAGGACCACAACCAGUUUCUGCACAGCUACCCCUCACUGUCAGAACCGGGUCAACCUGCAGACUCAUCCAGAAUCAACAUCCGUCCUCUGAGAUACUUUGAGGAGGUGACAGCAGCUGUGUCAGAGGUCAGAGAGAAACUCCAGGAUCUUCUGACAGAGACGUGGACAAACGUCUCACAGGCCGUGACUGAAGUGGAUGUUUUACUGUCAGAACCAGAACCAGAACCCAAGACCAGAGCUGAUUUCUUAAGAUAUUCACAAAGAAUCACACUGGAUCCAAACACAGUAAACGGAAAACUGAAAUUAUCUGAUGGAAACAGAAGAGCAACAUUUACAAAACAACUACAGUCUUAUCCUGAUCAUCCAGACAGAUUCACUGGUUGGCCUCAGGUCCUGAGUAGAGAGAGUCUGACUGGACGUUGUUACUGGGAGGUGGACUGGAGAGGGAGGGGGGUUGGUGUAGCAGUCGCAUACAAGACUAUCAGGAGAGACGGGAGAUCAGAGGAUUGUAUAUUUGGAGGAAAUGACAAAUCUUGGAGGUUAGACUGUUAUAAAGACAGUUAUAGAUUUGUUCACAACAAAGUCUUCACUGAUGUCUCAGGUCCUCCGUCCUCCAGAGUAGGAGUGUACCUGGAUCACAGAGCAGGUAUUCUGUCCUUCUACAGCGUCUCUGAAACCAUGACUCUCCUCCACAGAGUCCAGACCACAUUCACUGAACCUCUACAUGCUGGACUGUGGUUAUGGUCUAAUGGAGCCUCUGCUGAGUUUAUAGAAGUGAACUAAAGAGAAUUUUGAGUCCAUCAGACCAAAAUCAUGGACUGUGUCCGAAAUGGCAUACUGCCUACUAUCUACUUACCUACUCAAGCAGUAGCUACUGCCUACUGACUACUCAAAGAUGAUUUGAGUAUGCCGCGGCUGCCCGAGCGUUUACAAACAGAUGCAUACUAAAUACCCCAGAAUGCAUUUCGUGCCGGCCGGACGCAGCGCCGGGAAAAUUUAAAUAGUCCUACCACAAGCUACACAGAACGACUGCAUACCGGACAAAUUAUAUAAAUUCAUUCAAUAAUAAUAUUUUUUCUAGCGAGAAAGUAAGUGUUUACAUCACGAUUAUGAGCCCAGUUGUUUGAAAUAGUGGCUGUUUGUAAAUUUGUCUCGGCGUUUUCGGAGACCGAAGCGUCCGCUUGGUGGGUGUUUGCGUCUAUUUACCGUAAACACCGGGCAGCAGCAGCUCCCCCUUCACGUUUCCAAAUUAUUGAGAAGUGUUUUCAUAAUCAACAUCUACACGACACAAACCGGGCGGCAGUGGAUGAAAAAAAUCACACAAACAUCUGUGUAUCCAUGGUGAUAAUGCUAUACACCACCUGCUAGGCGUGUGAUGAGCAGCAGAGGGCUGCAAAAUGACCAACACACAACAUAAUUAUUAUGAACUCGUUCGGUUAUUCCUUGGCAAAUACAUCAUUUCCCGACGACAUUCUUUUCAUGUACAAUGAUAAUUUCAGAAACCAUCAGAUUUUCAACCACAAGUAAGAAUUAGUAAAGCUCACAUAGAUUGUCAACUGGAAACUCCCCCGUUUGUAUAUUCUGAACCAUGUGCUCUCUACCAAAGAUACUUUUUAUUAAUCAGAGGUCUGUGCUUAAUAUGAGCGACCACUUUGAUGAUGCAUUCAGAGAUGAGAAGAUGCUCAAACUUGAUGUAAUAAAUACAUCUUUAGUAGACACUUAAAUAAAUAAAGUCAAUUCAUACGAAGAGUUAAAAACAUUACCUAUAAUCCUAAUUUAAAAUACAAAUAAAUCUGGUAAAAAGAUCAAAAUAUGAUAAAAUGAUGAAAACUGUGUAAUGUAUACUGACUAAAUAUUGUUUAUCUAUUUAUAUAUAUAUAAUUAUUAUUGCAAUCACAUGCCAUCUAUUUCUUUUCAGCCUCGGGAAGGAGGGCCAUAUUACCAGCUGAGGUGCGCAAUGCAUUGUGGGGCAGAAGCAGUACGUGAAGCAAGCUCCGUUCCACACUCAGAAAUCGAAGCCGAUUGAGUAUACAUCCGGGCAUUUCUCGCAUACACAAAAUUCGCAUACUGUACAGUGUGAACGCACUGUCUACUCAAUUCAGAGGCGGGGUUAGUAGGAGUAGUAGGAGUAGUAGGAGUAGUAGGCCUUUUCGGACACAGCCAUGGACUGAGAUCCUUGAACUCUUGAAAUGUUCUGGUUUGUAAAUGUUUGUGGAUCAGUCUCACCAAAAACUCUGGGUUUAGUUCUUCAUUUCAGCUUUUUGAUUCUUUUCUAAAGAUGCUGAUUUGGUCGCAGCUUUAAGGACAGUGAUUGUGGAGAACUUUGAUUGUUUGUAUUUCUCAUGUUGAAAAAUCUUCAUACAGUUUGAUAUCAACAACAUCAAGAUGAUGGUUUGUUCAAAUCACCUUCAGUUGGUGCAGAUGUUGAAGGUCUGAGACUUUAGAAAAAAGUGAGGUCAAAAUCACAGAAAAAGGACGACCUUAUUUCCUGUCCCAAAUCCAAGCGUCUAAAGUCUUUCCAGUCGUCCCCAAAAACUCUUCAGAUGAUCUGUUUCUUUCUCUGUUUGCUGAAUAUUUGUGUUCAUGUGAUCGAUGGAUAUUUCUGUCUGCUUCUGUUGGAUCAGUGUGUUUGUAAAGACAUCUAGAAUCAGACUUUGGACAGAUCAACAUGUUGUUAUGAGCUUUUCAAUCACUCUAAUAAUAAUAAUCACAUUUAUUAGUCCGACUGUUUGGAUGUUUCUGACUCAGCUCAGAUUGUGGUCAAGUCUCUGAUUGUGGGUAAAAAAAUCAUAAAAAUCCUCAAACUGAGUCACUGAAAUCACCUCGUCUGUUUGUCUUUAUUGUGUCCGUUUCUGCUGGAUGUCAUGUUACCGCUCCGUCUGGGUCAUGGAUCCAUGUGGUCUUACAUGUCCCAGAUGUGAGUCCUGCAGCUGGAUCAGGUUUUCUGUAGAGGACAAAGACAGGAGGCAGGUUGUGUGUCUUUUUGAUUUGAUGUAACCAGACUAGUCCUGUUGAGAUCAUCAGUCUCUUUUUCAGGGGGGGUCCUGACCAAGAAUGGCAGCAAAAAACAAACACACUCAGACUCACACAGAUCCACAUCAGCAACAAGAACUCAGAGUUCAUAUGAGAGAGUCCAGCUGAUCUCUAGUCUGAGGAAAGAAGUCUGGUCCACAAGAAGAAAACCGAUUUAAAGGUGAAGUAGACAGGAAUCUGUUAAAGAAGCAUCUUUUUAUUUUGUGGUUUUAAUACAAAAAUCUUCUAAUAUCAGUCAAUAGUUAUUAGUUAUUGAUUAUUUGGUAAUAUAUCGAUAUCUCUCUGUUCUCUUAUGUCUGUGUCGUCAACAUUUGAACAUUUUUGAGCGGUCCGCUCUUUCUGACUGUAAACAAAGACGUUCUCCACCUCCUCUAACCUGAUUGGUUGUGAGGCAGACGCUGCUCCCCCGUGUCGUUCAGGAGCCCAAACAAAGUUAGCGUGCUGUUCGAUGUUACAGCAGCAUUUAACGUCAUUGACCACGAGCUCCUCCUUAAAAAGACGUAUAAACCUGCAGUGGUCAUGAUGGAAAGUUAUUGAUCCCAGAUUAUUCUGAUAGAAUUUUCUUCAUCUUUACAAAUGAUCUCCCUCUAAACUAACAAUGUUUGCAGACGACACUCUAGUGUCUGAAUCAGCAAAAAGACCUGCUGAUCUAAAGGUCAUCUGAAAUAAGGAACAAACACAGGUGAGAAGAGGAUCUGGUACUGAACACAGCUCCAACAGAACUCAUUAUAUUCAGUUUAAACUACUUUUUAAAGAAACAGUCAGAACUGAACCGCCUUAGAAACUAAAAAACACCCAAAACAGGAGCAAACUGAGCUCCUGGGUCUCCUCAUGGAGAAUCAGCUCUGAGGUCCAAACACUUAAAAACACUUUAUUAUAACACGGGUCAGUCUCUGGGAAAGGUGAGGAGAUGGAGGAAACACCUCACAGCUAAGACAGUAAAAAACUCCAGCUGGUUCUGACCCGGUCAGCACGCCUGGUUCUGUAGAGUCCAAACAACAACAACAGUACUAACAACAAGAACUCCUGUCUACAGUGGAUGAAGGUCGAGUCCAGAAUCAACGCUGCACUAAUAUAAUAUAUGGAAAAUAGGACGGUCCCAAAACUCCAUCAAACCCGAUCAGGAUUCAGAGACAUAUAAACACCAGACAGGAAACACGAGAGCGCCUCCAGCUUCACUAACCAAACACCGACUUCAUGAAGUAGAAUAAAGAGAACGGUCAAAAACCAAACUGACACAGAAAACAGCAUUUAAAAUAUAUCACACAGAACACACAAUCAUACGAACACACACAAACACAGAAACACACAUGUAGGCCGGUGGGUUUUCUGGUUAUUUUGAUUGAUUUUCUUUUAUAAUCAUUGGGUAUCAGAGUGUCUGAUUAAUGUCCCAUAAUCUAGAUUAUGACCUUAAUGUUUGGUUCUAAUCUAAUCUCAGUUCCUGUCCAUUUUUACAUGUUGUGAUCAUAAAUGUAUUAAUUUUAAAAAAGGAUCCAGGAAGACUGACGGUGCUCCAGAGAGCAGCUAACAGGGAUGCUAACAAACAAAUAAACUUUAAACAUAUUUACAAUAAACAACAAACAAAACCAGGGCUCGACAGUACGACCGUUUCACUCAUAUAUGCGACUAAAAAUACAUGUGUGUGAAUUUUUAAAAUGUAUUUAGGGUCACAUGUGGGAAUAAAAAAAUAUCAACAAAUGUUCUUUUUUACCUGUAAAUACGGCGGUGAAGUUAGUUUUAGGUUGGAUAUAUUUUCCUGUAAAUACGGCGGUGAAGUUAGUUUCAGGUUGGAUAUAUUUUCCUGUAAAUACGGCGGUGAAGUUAGUUUCAGGUUGGAUAUAUUUCCCUGUAAAUACGGCGGUGAAGUUAGUUUCAGGUUGGAUAUAUUUCCCUGUAAAUACGGCGGUGAAGUUAGUUUUAGGUUGGAUAUAUUUCCCUGUAAAUACAGCGGUGAAGUUAGUUUCAGGUUGGAUAUAUUUUCCUGUAAAUACAGCGGUGAAGUUAGUUUCAGGUUGGAUAUAUUCUCCUGUAAAUACGGCGGUGAAGUUAGUUUUAGGUUGGAUAUAUUUUCCUGUAAAUACGGCAGUGAAGUUAGUUUCAGGUUGGAUAUAUUUUCCUGUAAAUACGGCGGUGAAGUUAGUUUUAGGUUGGAUAUAUUUCCCUGUAAAUACGGCGGUGAAGUUAGUUUCAGGUUGGAUAUAUUUUCCUGUAAAUACGGCGGUGAAGUUAGUUUUAGGUUGGAUAUAUUUUCCUGUAAAUACGUUGGUGAAGUUAGUUUUCAGGUUGGAUAUAUUCUCCUGUAAAUACAGCGGUGAAGUUAGUUUCAGGUUGGAUAUAUUUUCCUGUAAAUACGGCGGUGAAGUUAGUUUCAGGUUGGAUAUAUUCUCCUGUAAAUACGGCGGUGAAGUUACUUUUAGGUUGGAUAUAUUUUCCUCUAAAUACGUCUGUGAAGUUAGUUUCAGGUUGGAUAUAUUUUCCUGUAAAUACGGCGGUGAAGUUAGUUUUAGGUUGGAUAUAUUUUCCUCUAAAUACGUUGGUGAAGUUAGUUUCAGGUUGGAUAUAUUUUCCUGUAAAUACGGCGGUGAAGUUAGUUUUAGGUUGGAUAUAUUUUCCUGUAAAUACGGCGGUGAAGUUAGUUUCAGGUUGGAUAUAUUUUCCUGUAAAUACGGCGGUGAAGUUAGUUUCAGGUUGGAUAUAUUUUCCUGUAAAUACGGCGGUGAAGUUAGUUUCAGGUUGGAUAUAUUUUCCUGUAAAUACGGCGGUGAAGUUAGUUUUAGGUUGGAUAUAUUUUCCUGUAAAUACGGCGGUGAAGUUAGUUUCAGGUUGGAUAUAUUUUCCUGUAAAUACGGCGGUGAAGUUAGUUUCAGGUUGGAUAUAUUUUCCUGUAAAUACGGCGGUGAAGUUAGUUUCAGGUUGGAUAUAUUUUCCUGUAAAUACGGCGGUGAAGUUAGUUUUAGGUUGGAUAUAUUUUCCUGUAAAUACGGCGGUGAAGUUAGUUUUAGGUUGGAUAUAUUUUCCUGUAAAUACAGCGGUGAAGUUAGUUUCAGGUUGGAUAUCUGACGGACAUUCUCUGAGGAUCUACCGGUGUCUUCUCUCUCUCCAUAACCGGGAAUAACAACAGCAGCGCGGUUAAAUCUACUCGACACCCUCACUGUCAACGUCGGUGUUGAAUAAGGGACCGUCAAUAAAUUACCGGUUGAUGUUCUCAGAAAAGGCUGUUUUCCUUCAAUAGCUUCACUGUCAUGU